GUGUGAUUUGCGGGUCGUUAAGGGAGGGGAGAGGAAGCGGGGGGUUGUAGCAUAGUCGGUCCUCCUCCCGUAUAUAAAUUCUCCAACCAAAGCCUUUUCUUCCUCUUUCUGUUACCUGGCUAAGGGGAGCAGCAGCCGAGGCGUGAUCACUCAACCUUGCAGAAACUAAUCAAUCAUGGGAAAGGAAAAGAUCCACAUUAACAUCGUGGUUAUUGGCCACGUCGACUCCGGAAAGUCCACCACCACCGGUCAUCUGAUCUACAAAUGCGGUGGAAUCGACAAGAGAACCAUCGAGAAGUUCGAGAAGGAAGCUGCUGAGAUGGGCAAAGGCUCCUUCAAGUAUGCCUGGGUGUUGGACAAACUGAAGGCUGAGCGUGAGCGUGGUAUCACCAUUGACAUUGCUCUGUGGAAAUUCGAGACCAGCAAAUACUACGUCACCAUCAUUGAUGCCCCUGGGCACAGAGAUUUCAUCAAGAACAUGAUCACUGGUACCUCUCAGGCUGAUUGUGCCGUGCUGAUCGUCGCUGGUGGUGUUGGUGAGUUUGAGGCUGGUAUCUCAAAGAACGGACAGACCCGUGAGCAUGCCCUCCUGGCUUUCACCCUGGGAGUAAAACAGCUUAUUGUUGGAGUUAACAAGAUGGAUUCCACCGAGCCCCCCUACAGCCAGGCUCGUUUUGAGGAAAUCACCAAGGAAGUCAGCGCCUACAUCAAGAAGAUCGGUUACAACCCUGCCAGUGUUGCCUUCGUCCCAAUUUCCGGAUGGCACGGUGACAACAUGUUGGAGGCCAGCUCAAACAUGGGCUGGUUCAAGGGAUGGAAGGUUGAGCGUAAGGAGGGUAAUGCUAGUGGUGUUACUCUUCUUGAUGCCCUGGAUGCCAUCUUGCCCCCUAGCCGCCCCACUGACAAGCCCCUCCGUCUGCCACUUCAGGAUGUCUACAAAAUUGGAGGUAUUGGAACUGUGCCCGUUGGUCGUGUGGAGACUGGAGUCCUUAAGCCUGGUAUGGUUGUGACCUUCGCUCCUGCCAAUGUGACCACUGAGGUUAAGUCCGUUGAGAUGCACCACGAGUCCCUCGCUGAGGCUACACCUGGUGACAACGUUGGUUUCAACGUUAAGAACGUGUCAGUUAAGGAUAUCCGUCGUGGUAACGUGGCUGGAGACAGCAAGAACGACCCACCCAUGGAGGCUGGUAGCUUCAAUGCUCAGGUCAUCAUCCUGAACCACCCUGGUCAGAUCUCUCAGGGCUAUGCUCCAGUGCUGGAUUGCCACACUGCUCACAUUGCCUGCAAGUUUGCUGAGCUCAAGGAGAAGAUCGAUCGUCGUUCCGGUAAGAAGCUUGAGGACAACCCCAAGGCCCUUAAAUCUGGAGAUGCCGCUAUUGUUGAGAUGAUCCCUGGCAAACCCAUGUGUGUGGAGAGCUUCUCUACCUAUCCUCCUCUUGGUCGCUUUGCUGUGCGUGACAUGAGGCAGACCGUCGCUGUCGGCGUCAUCAAGAGUGUCGAGAAGAAAGCUGCUGGUUCUGGCAAGGUCACGAAGUCUGCACAGAAGGCUGCCAAGACCAAGUGAAUUUCCCUCGAUCAUGCCGUUCCAAAGGUUGUGGCAUGUUCUUCCCAACCUCCUGGAAUUUUUCUAGACCUGGGCACUCUACUUAAGGACUGGUUAAUGCUGAUUAAAACUCAUUGGAAAAAUUUUCGCAGGAAAGGAAACCACCUUGGAUUCAAUUGUGGCUCAUUAUUGAUUGACUGAUCUUUCAGUUGUUAAUUUUGUGUUGAUGGUUUAGAACUGCACCUGUUGCCACAGUAAAAUUAGAAAGAAGCUGCUGUUAAAGUAACUAAUAAAGGUAUUAAAAAUUGAA